UUGCGACGUUGUCAUGAAAACUGUCACAGAGAUCUGAAAUCUAGCGAGAAGAUCUCUGCCACCGAAUUGAAAAAGGUUCUUCUUCUUCUCUUACCCUAGCUCUCUCUCUCGCCCUAAUCUCGAUCUGCCCUAAUCAACUUUAUUUAGGGUUUGCGGAAGAGGCCAUGGCUACAACGUCUCUAGACAGGUUGAGUGAUUUGCCAUGCGAUGUGUUAUGUCGGAUCCUAUCUCAACUCUCUACCAAGGAAUCGGUUAGGACUAGUAUAUUGUCGAGGCGUUGGAAAGAUCUCUGGUCACAGGUUCCUGCUUUGGAUUUGGGUUACGAUGAUUUCAAAGAUACUGAUUUCGAUUUGAUGGGCUUUAUAGAUUGUUUUUUGGAACCUGACCUGGCUUUAGACUCGUUCAAGUUGGUUUAUGAUGUUGAUAUUGAGCACUGUCAUGAGAGUUUUGUGUCCACAAUAGAUGAAGUGGUUGAGCGUGGAGUUAGUCAUCUAACUAUUGAUAAUAUGGUGUCUGAUGAAGAUACCAUGGUUAGGAUGCCUCUCUCGCUCUAUUCAUGCUCGACACUGGUGGAUUUGACUCUCUACACUGUUGUCUUUGAUCAUCCACAAUCAGAAUUGGUUUCGUUACCUCGUGUCAAGACUAUGUAUCUAGAGGGGGUCAAGAUUGAUGGCCAUGAUGUUCUGGAGAAACUCAUCUCAAGCUGUCCGGUUCUCGAAGAUUUAACCGUGAUUACAUAUCCUGAUCCUGAGGACUAUAUGGAAGUUGUAUGCGUUCGUUCUCAAUCACUGAAAAGCUUCACACUAGAGUCUCAGCGUAAUCCCGAGGAAGAACAAGAUCCCGAUGUUGUAAUCGAUGCUCCAAAACUCGAGUACAUGAGUGUUAGUGAUUACCGGCCUGAACGCUUUGUCAUACGUAACAUUGGCCCUAACGCAAAGGUUGACGUCGAUGUUAUGUUUGACCACAUCGACCUUGAUGAUCCAUUGGAGGCAAAGAAGAUCCGUAAAUUCCUCUUUGGGAUAUCCAAAUUUCACGAGGUGACCAUCUCAGCUGGAACCCUAGAGGUCAUCCAUGAGUACUCCCAGGUGGGAAAGUUGCCUAAGUUUCUCAAUUUGACUCGAUUGGAUGCUUCACUAGUGCAGUCUUCGUGGGAAUACCUACCAGCCUUUUUGAGAUGCUGUACGAAUCUACAUUCGCUGAUUCUGGAACUUGACCGUAUCCCAGAGAGAGAGGAGAUUGAACUAUCACCAGUGCCUCAAUGUGUCUUAUCCUCGCUCCACUCCCUUCAGCUCAAGACACCACAAACAGUAAGUCAAAGGAUGCUAGUUUCGUAUUUUAGGAACAACUGUAAAGCGUUGAGGAAAAUACUUUUAAGUGGGCUGUAACAUCAUCAAGAGAAGCGAAAGGAUAUAUAUCAAGGAGAGGAGAUAUAUAAUGUAAUGUUGUUGUUAUGCUUACAUUGUAUUGUUGUCUCACCUAAAUUCAGUUUACCUUACCAACGGUUAUUGUAAUACUUUUCAGAUAUUUUGUUGACAUUGGUUUUAUGUUUCCUA